CAACGAGUGUGUGGGAAAAACAAAUCAGAAAACUGGUUGAACUGAAGUUCAUGGGCACUCUGAUCUUCUUCAUCCUCUUCUCAGCAUUUUUUGCUCCGGCAAAAUCCACAAAUCGCAUUUUGAGCGAAGGUUUGUCUCUCUCCAGCCAGAAACCGGAAGAUGUUUUGACUUCGCCGAAUGGAGUGUUCUCCGCUGGAUUUUACUCCGUCGGUGACAAUGCUUAUUGCUUUGCCAUAUGGUUCGCCUCACGAACCUCAAGGAGUCGGUACCGCACCGUUGUCUGGAUGGCAAACCGAGACCAACCGGUUAACGGAAGGAAAUCGAAGCUCUCCCUGCUCAGAACUGGUAAUCUUAUCUUAACCGACGCCGGGGCUGAGGUUUCCAGUAGUUACAUGCCUGCACCAUGGCUUUCGAGCGUGCAAAGCGGAAGGUUUGCGUUCAACAGUAGUAGAAUCGCAAUUCUCGAUUCCUUCGGCAAGUUUAGUUCUUCUGAUAAAUUUACGUUUUCUUCAGCCGACUAUGGGCAAUUGCUCCACAGAAGAUUGACACUUGACUACGAUGGUAAUCUACGAUUGUACAGUUUGGACGAGGAGGGCGAGAUGUGGGUUGUUUCGUGGCAGGCCUUUCAGGAACCUUGUACUAUUCAUGGUGUUUGUGGGGCUAACAGUAUUUGCAACUAUGUUCUUGGUAUUGGCAGAAAUUGCUCGUGCCUUCCAGGGUAUAAGAUGAUAGAUCAUACCGAUUGGUCUCAAGGGUGUGAACCCGAAUUCGAUCUCUCUUUCGGGAAAAACAAUGGUUUUUUGCAGCUAUCCCAUCUUGAUUUCUAUGGUCAUGAUUAUAAUAACAACCCUGAUAAUUAUACACUCGAUAAAUGCAAGAAGUUAUGCUUGGAAUCGGCUGAGUGCAAAGCAUUCCAAUACACCUUUGAUAAGACUCUUGGUUUUUCAAAAUGUUACACCAAGAUUCAAUUGAUGAAUGGAUAUCGAUCGCCUUCUUUUGAAGGAAGCUUCUAUCUGAGAGUGCCGGAAAAUAAUCUCCUCUCGAAUGCCAAUCUUGCAGAAGAAAUCGGUUUAAAUUGUUCAUGUGAAGGUCCCCUGCUACUGGAAAGAGUAUACUUAAAAAGCCCGGUAAUCGGGACCGGGAAAUUCAUGCUCUGGUUUGUAUGUGGAUUAGGUGGACUAGAAAUUGUGAGUAUCUUUUUGGUGUGGUUUCUCUUCAUUAGAACCCCCAACAGUUCUAGUCCAGACAAGCAAGGCUAUCUUCUUGCCAUCACUGGAUUCAGAAAAUUUACAUAUUCGGAGCUCAAGAAGGCCACAAAGGGUUUUACCGAGGAGAUUGGAAGAGGUGCAGGAGGGAUUGUGUACAAAGGGGUGUUGGCGGACAAUCGAGUUGCAGCAAUCAAGAAACUCUACGAAGCUAACCAAGGAGAAGAUGUAUUUCUAGCAGAAGUGAACAUCAUUGGUAGGCUUAACCACAUGAACUUGAUAGAAAUGUGGGGUUACUGUGCUGAGGGAAAGCAGCGGCUUUUGGUGUCCGAGUACAUGGAGAAUGGCUCAUUGGCAGACAACCUCUCUUCCAAUUCACUUGACUGGAAGAAAAGGUUUGAAAUUGCUUUGGGCACUGCAAAAGGCCUAUCUUAUUUGCAUGAAGAGUGCUUGGAGUGGGUUUUACACUGCGAUGUAAAACCUGAAAACAUAUUCCUAGACUCUAAUUAUCAACCAAAGGUUGCAGAUUUUGGCCUGUCAGCACUACAAAGCAGAGGAGAACCCGACAAUCCAAGUUUCUCAAGGAUGAGAGGAACCCGCGGAUACAUGGCUCCGGAGUGGGUAUUCAAUCUGCCCAUCACCUCUAAAGUAGAUGUUUAUAGCUACGGGAUUGUUGUGUUGGAGAUGGUGACGGGAAAAGAUGCAGCAAAGGGUGUCCAUGACAUAGACAAUGGAGAGCAGCCACAACACAAAAGGCUUGUUUCGUGGGUGAGGGAAAAGAAGAAUAGGGCUGCUUUAACUGAGUCCUGGCUUGAAGAGAUCAUAGACCCAAGGUUGAAAGGCAAAUAUGACGUACGAAAGAUGGAAACACUGAUUGGGGUUGCUCUGCAAUGUGCAGAGGAAGAAAAAGAUGCAAGACCCAGCAUGAGACAAGUCGUUGAGAUGCUUUUGGCCCAAAAAAUUGACCAGGAGAAUGACGAUGAGGGUGCCAACGUGUGA